CUACAGGCUAAUGCUAAUGCUACCUGGGUGAACAGGUGAAGAGGGCUGGAUCUGUGUCAGUGGAGCGGGGGAGGAAGCGCAGUGGUGGAGGUAUACGCCGGGACCUGCAGCGUUAGCGGUUAGCACACUCCCCUCUUGUGUGCAGAGUCGGGGGGGUUACAGAGGGGGGUCAACCUGCUCUACUCCAAGGUGGUUUGAUACGCUCCGUUGCAGCAGUGGGCUGGUAUGGCCUACAGGAAGGUGUGUGACUCUCAGGGGGGCCCUCUGGUGGGGGAGGUGUGCCCCGGGGCCCUGGAGCUGGACUGGGACCUGGACAAAGAGGAGCUCCCUGAGGCUGGACCAGACCUGGAGAGACUGCAGAUGCAACAUGUGGACUGUCCCAGAGCAGACCCAGGUCCAGACCCUGACCCAGAGUUCAUGGAGCCUAUCCCUCCCUCUGUGUCGGUCUCUCCUCAUGGACGGUUCGAGCGACUUCAGGAAGAUCCCAACUACAUCUCCCACUUCACCAGAGGCUCAGGGAACAAGGGCCAGAGGAGGCUGCACUGCUUCCUGCUCAGGUAUUUCAUAGCGGGCGUGGGUCUGUUUAUCCUGGGCCUUCUGAUUGGCUGGUUCCUCCACUCUCCCUCGUCAGUCAAACCCAAAGCCCUCCCCCCAGAGAGCUUGGACCUGCUGGAGGAGCUGCUCACCAGGAUCACUGCAGAUAAGAUAGAGGCUCUGCAAAGGUCUAUUUCCAGCCAAUCUGAUUCCAGUGAAGAGGCCAGGGCCCGGUACCUGUAUCAUCAGUGGGUGGGGCUUGGUUUGACGGACGUCCAGCUGUCCAAUCACACGGUCCUGCUGAGUUUACCUGGCCUCGCCCCAAACACCAUCACGGACCGUUCCAGUCUGAAGUGUUACCUUCCCACCGGAGAGUCAUGUGACCAGGGCGGAGCCAAUGCAGCGUCCAAUCAGCAUUUCUCCUAUGCAGCGUACUCAGCUGUGGGCGCGCUACAGGGUGAAGUGGUUGAUGUACAGUAUGGCAGUGUGGAGGAUCUGAGGAAGGUCAAACGGGACCUGAAUCUAACCAGAUCCAAUCAGAUUGCAGUCAUGAAGCUGGGCCGGGCUCCUCUGCUCUAUAAGCUGUCCCUUUUGUCCGAGCUGGGCUUUGGAGGAGCUCUGUUGUACGUGGAUCCAUGUGACGCUCCUCAAGGUCAGAACAUGUGGAGCCAGGCCUUCAAUGUGACGCUCAAUCCUGGAGGAAACCCGACACGUGUCGGUGUGUCUAAAGAAGCAGCGGGCUCUCUCUCCUCUCUGCUGGUCCAGCCCAUCUCUCCAGUCCUGGCUCAGACCCUGCUCUCUGCACCAAUCACAGAGCGCGAUGAGGCCUGCAUUCCACUGGCCACGCCCCCAAACACAGACCCCAAGAUGAUCACGUUGACUGUUGGAAACCAGUGGGCCUACAAGAAAAUCUACAGCGUCAUUGGUUAUCUGAAAGGAAAGAAGAAUCCAGACCGACACGUGCUGGUGGGUAGUCACCAUGAUGCCCAGCGAGGGGGCGGGGCUUCGGCCAUCCUGACUGAACUCAUCGCAGCCUUCUCGGAUCAGACCAAGAAGGGCUGGGUGCCGGACCGUACCACUGUGUUCUGCUCCUGGGGGGGUUCAGCCCUCGGGAACAUCGGCUCCUACGAGUGGGGAAAGGAGAACAGCGUGGUCCUCCAGAGCAGCGCCGUAGCCUACGUCAGCCUGGACUGUCCGGUCAGAGGCACAGAGAUGCUCCGAGCCUCUGCCUCUCCGUCUCUGCUGCAGCUCACCUCUGACAUACACAGGAGGCAGUUGCUAAGCUGUAUCCGUGGAGGGAACUGUCCCGGCCCAAACGUCAGCUCUCUGCAGAUGCCCGGAGACUCCAGCUUCUUCUCCAACCUGCUGGCUGUGCCCACGCUCGAGUUCUCCUUCCAGCAGACCGCCGCAGACCAGACCUCCAGUCUGCUGUCAGAGGCCCAGUUUUCCGUGGACUCUCCUCAAACUCUUGACCCACUCUUCAAGUUCCAUGAGACAAUCGCCAAGAUGACCGCAGAGGCCAUCCUUCGCCUGGUGACUGACCCUGUGCUGCCCUUCUUCACCCUGGACAUCGUGCUGGACAUCCAAAACAAACUCAGAGAUAAGUCGUCAGUCCUUCCUGCCCUUCUUUCGGCUGCCUCCUCGCUCAGGGACCAUGCGGCGUUCUUCCAGUCUGAGGUCAUGCGCCCGGCCAACGACCCCAAAGAGAGAGACCCCGCCCACGUGCGCAUGCUCAACGACGUGCUGAGGGACAUGGAGAAGAGCUUCAUCCUGCCUAGUGCUCCUCCAGGGGUUUACAGAAACUUGCUGUACAGUCUACCUGGGAGUUUGCCUCAGUUCUCCAUCCUACGAUUCCCAGAAGACGCCCUUCUAUUCUGUAACAACAGCCACAUCAGGACCCAAUCUGCAAACCAGGAAGUAUCCAGGCCUUUGUCACAUGACCAGGAAGUGUCACAUGACCUGUCCUGCUCUGGAUCCAGGGACCAGGCUCUGGAGCUGAUCCUGGGGGCCAUUCGCUCCGCAGACAGACUCAUCUGCUUUGGACAGGAGCUGUUUGAGAACUACCCAAGUGAACGCAAAUAAUGGUUAAAUGAUGGUGGCUUGUUAAGUCUUUUGGUUUUCUUAAAUUUGUUCUAUACUGAGAAAGUUUGUCUGGAUAUUCUCCAAGUUUGGGCAUUGCUUUUCAUUUGAAGUGUUUGUUCUUGACCAAUCAAAGUUAGGGGGUGGUGCUACUAUCUGGAUAGGGUAUCGUUGGCUUAAGCUUGUCCGGUGGCCGCUCCAUUGGUAUUGCAGCCAAAUGCAGACAUAUGUGGGCGUGCUCUCUUAAGAUAGGCUUAACUGUCGACAUCCGUCAUUGAACUUGGCAAUUGACUCAAAUUGGUGGCCAUGUUGGGGCACAGUUCAUUUUAAAGGUUCAGUAUGUAACUUGUUGGAAGUAGCACGUCACCUGCAUGAUUCCGUAGAAAUAAAAGUUAAAACCAUGCUUCAGAACAUUCUCCAUGGAGAAAGAAACCAUACAGUGAAAAAUGAUUGUCAAAGGAACAGCAUUCCCUGAAAACAAGCAGGAGAAGGCCCACAUAAGAGUCAGGUUUGCAGAGAUGCAAGCCUGCCCACAGUAAGUAUGCAGGUUUUUCUGAGUUUUUCAGUACAAUAAAAAUAACCAAAAUGAAAAACAAACAAAAACAGCAAAUAUACUUUUUUAUUUUUUUUUGCUAAAAAGUUGCAUACUGUGGCUUUAAACAAGCUUACAGUCAAGAUGGCCACUGCAUCAAAAGUUCCAAAUGUAACUAUGGUACUAUGAGUCCCAGAAGAACACCACAACUUGAAACUCUAAAACCUUUUCUUAAAAAUAAAUGGUAAAUGUGAGACGCAAUGCCACAUUAAUGACACAUGCUUUGCCCAUUUGUUCUGAUUUGUUCUCUGACAGGUUAUAUUACAAAUAGUUUCAGUUCACAUUACGGGGUACCAGACCAACUUCUUUGUAUAAAACAUAUUGGUGUUUGGUGGAAGGGCUUGACAAAAGUAACAUGGGGCCUAUUGGAUUACCUCGAAAUCAACACUGGUAUAAUCGAAUAUGAAUUAUCAACUACGACAAGACACAUUGCAAUAGUUAUUCUGGCAGGGAUUGUCAAUAAGCUAACAAAUGUCUGUUUAUUUGAAAUGAACACAAUUUAUAAUUUAAGGUUUUGAGAUACUUACUGCACAAUAGCCCUAAGCUAAACAUAAAUAUUCACAUUUUAGGGUUGUAUUUUUGCACUAGGAGGCCGAGCUGACAUUUUGAAACCUCUCUCCUCUUUUUAAAUUUUCAUAAGGGGCUAUAUUAUGCAUAGGGCUAAUUUUUAUACCUUGUGAACAUUAACUUUUGUGUACGGAAUAGCUUUUGUGGGUAAGUCCAAAGUCUGUAGCUGACAAGCCAUUCAAAUGUUAUUGGCACUGCACAUUAGUUAUGAAUAGUUGAAUAGUUGGAUAAUGUUUGCGUAUUUGCACACUCUUAAUUCUUUCAAGAGUUGUUUUUUAAGAAGCAAUCAUUUUAAAUAUGGAUUUACACUAAAGGGGUACCUGAUUUUCAAACCGUGGAAGGAGAAAGUAGAUAUUUAAAGGAACUGUAUGAAAGAUUUUUAUUUAAAAUUUAGUAAACAUGACCUUAUUAUGCCCCCAGCUAGAUACAAAACACGUUCAAAUCAAAUACAGCUUUUACUGAUGACAACUGUAAUGCUGAUUUAUUCCUAAUUGUAAUAGUUGGACAUAUAAGGAACAAUGUGAUUGGUCUAACAGCUAUCCACACUUCAGACUCCACCCCUGCAGCCUGGUGUUUGCAGAAACACCUGGACAGUCUUGCAUGGUGUGGCCAAGUACUUGAAAUUGCAGAGAUACAAACUCAAAUUUAGACCAUAAAACUGCAAAUUUACCUACUUUAAAAUGCCUCUCUGAUUUGAAUCGUCACUACCUAAACCACAGCACCUGAAGCAAAUCAUUAGUCAGUGCUAUAGCAGCUGUCCAUUUACUGAGAAUGAGAAAAACCUGUAAGUGUCCUCUAUAAUAGGGUUAGGCACUUGCAACCCAGGUUCAUUUGUUAUUGUAGUAUCUUAUCCCAACUACAUACAGUUCUUUGGCACAAAUCAACCAAUCAGCUCUCAUAAAGUGUUUUCUAAAUAGAUGAAGACAGGAUGUAGUGGUCAGAUUUUUGUCACAAAGUUCUACCUUUACCAUGCAUUGUAUGGGGGAAACUAUGUUUAGUAAAGGGUUGGGUAUUUCAGCUUUAACAAUGCACCAGUAGCUUUGAAAUAAAGGCUCUCAAUGUACAAUCAAACAUGGCAGCUCAUCAGGGUAAUUCUUAGAGAGUAGCUCAGAUAAAGCAAUACCUAUAGACAGUGAUGGAAAAAGUACUCAAUUACUUACUUAAUUACUGUUACUUAAGUAAAAAUACAGAUACUGGAGC